AUGAGGAUUAUAACAAUUGCAGGAGAAAACAAAGGAGCAAUCAUGGAGUUGAGCCCUUUUGGCAAAAAGACUCAUAAUUUUGGGGACAACCCACACAGACUCCACAUGAAGAAAGACAGUCCUACUGCUAGCCAACUAAGUGAUGGAGAGAAGUCAGGAAGUAAUUCAGAUGGAAAGUCAAAAGCAAUGAAGUCAAAAUCGCCACUCAUGAGUGCAGUCAUGAAUAGUAACGUACAGGGUGUAAACAAUUCGAUUCUCUACAAUUGCUCCACUUCUCAUCAUGACCCGGGUGUCCAUCUCUCUCUCUCAAGAAAGCCCAUGGGUUUUAACUCAAAACUCAAAGAUCACAUUAACUAG